GCUUCUAGAGGGGAACAGCGCGCGGUGCUGAGAAAUCUCUUCACUCACUCUCUCACAUGCAUAGAAAUGCAGGAUUAACCCUGUGCGGAGAAGAUCCUUGUGCCAAAACUGCGUUGAUAGUCUACUUCUGAGGAAAGCGAAGGGGGAAAACCCGACUCCAUACGUUCUGCCAUGUACUGUUACAUUUUUACAUUAUUUCCGGUAGAUUACGCUAUCAUUCCGUAACGAAUAACGAGUGUGGUAGAUUUUGAGAGAACCUGUACUCUCCUUAAAUGAGUGUUUGAGGAUUUAUGGACUGAAACGGGGGAAGUUGCUGGCAUUAAAACUGUUCCUGUGUUGAGAAACAACAGAAAAGACAUUUCAACACCCAUCAUCAGCCGUGAUUUCUAAUUCAAUAACACUUAAAUGAGUGCCGACGUUAUCAAACUGACGCGGAGUCCUGGGAAUGGCGAGGAAAAAUAACGCGGCCACUUAUGGAUUGGUUUCCAACGAAAGGAUUUUAUGUUUUCUUGAUGUCUGGAUUCUGUAAAGCAGGUGUUUAGGGGUCCGUGUAACCACGAAGGAAACGUCAGCUGUAACGUUAGGUGAUCCUCAGACAAGAAGCCUCGGUCUCGACAGGAAAAAGUGAUCGACGAAGGGCUGCAGAUAUAAAGGAAAUCGCAGUGGAGCGCCCACCUGGACUGGCUGGGUCAACAGCAGGAUCAAUGUUUGGUCAAAUCCCUACUGAGGUGUUACCUCUCCAAGGGCCCAUGGAUCUCCCUGUGGUGUUGUUUCUGCUGUGGGGACUGUUCCUGGACUUGCUGAGUGGUGCGGUGGGUGGCAUUCUAUACCGCGUGCAUGAGGAACAACCUCCGAGCACACUGAUUGGCAGUCUGGCAGCUGACCAGGGCCUACCAGACACUGGACACCUGUACAAACUGGAGGUGGGCACUCCCUAUCUGCGGGUGGAUGGCAAAACUGGAGAUAUCUUUACAACUGAGAUCCCCAUAGACAGAGAGACACUGAAGGAUUGUCGUAAUAAAGGCAAGCCCUGCUUUCUGGAGUUUGAGGUGUCCGUCACAGAUCUCAUUCAGAAUCAGAGUCCACGCCUGAUAGAGGGAAGGAUCGAAGUGCAGGAUAUCAAUGAUAACACACCACAGUUUCCCUCACCUGUCCUUACCCUCUCAGUUCCAGAGAACACCCACGUGGGGGCACUCUUCUCAAUUCCACUGGCCACUGACAAAGAUACGGAGAGAAAUGGAGUAGCUGACUACACCCUAACAGCAGGACCAGAGGCUGUAGCACUCUUUGGUCUGCAAGUUGCAGAGGACCGAGGUGAAAAAUUGCCUCAACUCAUUGUAUUGGGAAGCCUUGACCGAGAACGGAAAGACUCCUACGAUCUCUCCAUCAAAGCUGUGGAUGGAGGCAAUCCACCUCGCCACAGCAGUGCCUUGCUGAGGGUCGUCAUUGCUGAUGCCAAUGACAAUGCACCCCAAUUUGAAAAAUCCUCCUACGAAGCAGAGGUUGCAGAGAACAGCCCAAUUGGACACUCUGUGUUACAGGUGAAGGCGAAUGAUUCAGACUUGGGUCCUAAUGGUGAGAUUGAAUACACGUUACAUCAGGCCAUUGAUCCUGUGCCAAAACUUCUCCGGAUAGACCGCUCAUCAGGCAUCAUAUAUGUCAAAGGCCCAUUGGAUCGCGAGGAGAUCAACAAUUUGAAGUUUUACGUUGUUGCACGAGACAAAGGCCCCUCACCCAAAAGUUCUAAAACAUAUGUUUCUAUUGAUGUGACCGACCAGAAUGACAAUGCACCAGCAGUGGAGAUUCGAGGCAUUGGUCUUGUGACCCAUAGUGAUGGAGUAGCAAACAUUUCAGAGGAUAUGCCUGUAGGCACUGCAGUGGCAUUGGUACAGGUUUCAGAUAAGGAUGAGGGAGAGAAUGCCGUGGUGACCUGUGUGGUUGCUGGUGAUGUUCCUUUCCAGCUUCGGCCAGCCAGUGAUUCAUCAGUUGACAACAAGAGGAAGUAUUUUCUGCAGACCACAACACCUCUGGACUAUGAAAGGGUUAGGGACUACCGGGUGGAGAUAGUGGCAGUGGAUUCAGGCAAUCCGGCUCUGUCCAGCACUAACUCGCUAAAAGUCCAAGUGACUGACACAAAUGACAAUUCCCCCAUUUUCUCACCGACUCUGUUUGAAGUAGAGUUUGCUGAGGAGAACCAGCCAGGAGAAAAGGUGGUAGAUGUAGUCGCCUCAGAUGCAGACAGUGGCACUAAUGCAGAGCUGGUCUACAGCAUUAUUGCGGACUCUUCAACAAGGGGACUUUUUGAGAUUGACCCUAACUCAGGUGAAGUACGUGCUCGGAGCCCUCUUGAUCGUGAGCACAAGGAGCGCUAUGAGUUCCGUGUUUCUGCAGCAGAUAAAGGGGUUCCCAGUCACAGGGGUACCGCCACAGUUGUAAUCAAGGUACUUGAUCGGAAUGACAAUGAUCCCAAGUUCAUGCUGAGUGGAUACAGCUUCUCAGUCUUGGAGAACAUGCCACCCCUUAGCCCUGUUGGCAUGGUAACAGUACAGGACAUGGACGAGGGUGAGAAUGCUCAAGUGCAACUUUCCGUGGAACCUGAUGUAGGCAAAUUCGUGAUCCAGAAUGGUACUGGCACUAUUCUGUCCAGUAUCUCAUUUGACAGAGAGAAGGAGAGCAGUUACACAUUCCGCUUGAAAGCUGUAGAUGGAGGGGAUCCACCAAGAUCAUCCUAUGUUGGCGUGACCAUCAAUGUCCUCGAUGAGAAUGAUAAUGCACCUGUUGUCACCAAACCAUCCAACUCAUCCUUCAUACGUCUAUCUCCCAUGGCUGCUCCAGACAGUGUUGUGGAAGUGGUCGAAGCGGAGGACAUUGAUUCUGGUUCCAAUGCUGAGCUAGUAUACAGCAUUGCUGGGGGAAAUCCACAUGACCUUUUUUACAUCUCUCCAUCUAAUGGCGAGAUCACAUUAACCAAGGAACUAACUCGGAAACACAGUGGUCUGCAUCGACUGGUGAUAAAAGUGAGCGAUAGGGGCAAACCUUCCCGUCAUGCCAUUGCCUUGGUACACAUUUACGUAAAUGAAACCAUUGCCAAUGUAAGUCACGUGGAGGCACUUGUGGGGCAUAGCUUGUACACCCCACUGGACAUGGACAUUGCAGGAGACCCAGAUUACGGUUUGGCUGCCCAAAGAAGCAACAUCGUAUAUGGCAGUUUAGCUGGAGUGGCGGGAGUGGUCACUGUGAUUGUUGUAGUGGUCUUUAUCAGGCAUCGCCUUCAAAGAGAAGCGAAAAGUGGUUAUCAGGCUGGCAAGAAGGAGACCAAAGAUUUGUAUGCCCCCAAGCAAGGGCCAAAAAGUGGCAAGGGGAGAAAGGGUAAAAAAGGUAAGCCACCAAAGUCACCUAAACCUCUUGGAGAGGAUGAGGAAGUCAGCCUUCAAAAGAGUCUGAAAUUUAACCUUGAUGGGGUCAACGACAGCCCCAGGAUCCAUUUGCCUCUGACAUAUCCGCCUGGAAGCCCUGACCUAGGCAGGCACUACCGUUCCAAUUCCCCAUUGCCCUCCAUCCAGCUCCAGGCCCAGUCCCCAUCUGCCUCCCAAAAGCAUCAGGCUGUCCAGGAGCUCCCUGCUGCCAACACCUUUGUGGGAACAGGCGGUGAUGACAACUCCACGGGCUCAGACCAGUACUCGGAUUACAGCUACAAGACCAAUCAACCAAAAUACAGCACAAAAACGCUCCCGCAUCGCAGAGUGACGUUCUCCACAGCCAACCCCGUGCAAGAUCAGCAGGACUCCUCUCAGCAGAGUUACUACGACAGUGGUCUGGAGGAGUCUGAGACCCCCAGCAGCAAGAGCUCUUCAGGACCACGUAUCGGCCCCCUCGCCCUGCCCGAGGACCACUACGAACGGACCACCCCUGAUGGCAGCAUCGGAGAGAUGGAACACCCAGAAACCGAUAUUCGCUCACUGCCUGAUGUUGCCAUGACGGGAAACUGCAGUCAGGAGUGCAGCGAGCUGGGUCACUCAGAUGCCUGUUGGAUGCCCGGUCAGCCUUCACCCGUUCGCAAGACCCGCAACCCCCCUAAACUGUCCACGUUUGUGCCUUAUCAGGAGAGAGGGAGCCUGGGACGCCUGGCCAAUGGGAGCGUGAGGCUGGGAGGAGAGGAGAACAGGCCACGCCUCCCACCUUCCCGUAGUGCCUACUCCAGUAGUGACCACACCCCCAGUGACCACGCCCCACUGGAGGAGGUGCCUCUGAGCGUGACAUCAGAGUUCCCACCUACCAGCCCCCCCUCCAAUCACGCCUCAAAAAGAGAGAUAUACCUGUGAGAUAACCACACCCACCAUCUUUGAUUGACGCACAUCAGAAAUUACAGAGACACGGUUGCGAAAAGAGAACAUCGAAUUUUGCGACAUGAUAUCAAUUGGAUAGUGGAAAAACACGCUAUUGUCAUAAUGUCCGAGUAGAUUGAUUUUAUUUAUUUAUUUAUUCAUUCAUUCAUUCAUUCAUACAUCUAUUUAUUAUCACUUUUAACAUGUUUUACUGUUACUUUCAAAUGUUUGUACUGUUUUUGCAUACCAUCAAAAACAACCGAUGCAUACUUUUACGUGACUAACAGACUUUUAGCUUCACUAGCGUACAGAAUGUUCAUGGUUUCUUCUACUAGAUUACCAAGUGCUGAAGUGGGCAGGAGAUACUGCUGUAAAAGGGUCUUGAGCCACAUCCAGAGUGUCUAACACUCUUAACUUGAUCCUGUCCUCAGAGGAGAGCAGUCUUUAUACAUGUAAAACGCUGUAAAUACAUUUGUAUGGUGUGUAUAUAUGAAUAUUACUAUCAGGCUCAAGUUGAAAAAUAGUGACAAAUGUUACAUCUAAAUCAGCCUGAACACCUGAAGUGUGUGUCUGUACCACUGCUUUUGAGGGUCCGAACGUUUGCAAUGGCCUUAUGGGAAAACGAAUAGAUGAGCUGGGUUGGGGUGGAGGGAAAAACGUCCUGAUGGUGCUCCAUGACCCUCGUUGUGCCCGUCUAGGACCCACAUCCUCACCUGCUGUGCUGUAUGUCCAUAUGCACUCUGCAGCACGGUGUAUAGUGAGGGCAGGCAGUGGGUUUUACAGCGAUUAACUCACUAUGACAGACCUUAACAUAUGCCGUUGUGUGCGUCCGUGCGUCAGGGGACCUACUGUCAGGAAAAGUAACACUUGUGGCUUCUGGCACAUUAACACGCUAUUCAACAGAUGAGAAUGUGCGUGCAUACUUUUGUCAUGUGGCAGAACUUGUGUUUUUUGGCACUGUGAAUCUCUCCUGAACUCCCACGAUGUAGUGCAAACGCUGCCUGGCACUCGCAAAGACACCCACGGCUCACAUAGCACAGCCUCAGUGAGGAGGAGACCACCUGCCUCCCCUCAAAUUAACAGUAGGGUUUUGUUAACUUGACGGUGUGUUAAGUCCACAAACACACCUAGUAUCCAUCAAAUGGGUCCAUUUUUGCCACACUCAUAUUCACAGUCCUGUUUUCUUUGUUUACAUAGUUUUUACAGUUUGAAAUGGAAUCUUUGUGUCCUAUUUAGACUUUGUUUGAAGAACAAAUGUAUUAAUGCCUUAAAACAGUUGUAUAUAACAAUCACAAUGGACAAAUUAGACUGAUAAUCCUGUCUUGUCUUUCGCAUGUCAAUUGUGCAUGUUUUUUUUCCACAAUCGAAAAAUGAUGUUACAAAUGAUCACAUCACCAUUCGCCAUUUGCCUAUUUUCAGCCACAUUUUUUUACAUAAAUGUUCUGUCCUCCAUCAAUUGGGUAUUUCUUCGGGUUAGUUUUUUUCUUUGACACUGUGCUGACUAUCUAACCUGCUCUAAAGCUGUGUCUCCCUUCAAGUUUCAGAGAAUCUCUGGGGGACCGUUUUGACAAUGACUAUCUAGUGUGCUCAAGAACCAUAUAUCUGAUGGACAUUAUCAUUACUAUCGCCUCAAUAUCUCUACUUUUUCCGCACCUACUGCAGCACAGUACCUGCCUAGAUCCCGGCGCUUGGGCGAGCGUGCUUUGUCUGCAGGGGGGUUGACGAUGGGCAUUUCCUUAAUUAGGGUGAGUAAUGAGUGUGGUGCAGUUGGCAUAUGCGAACACUCCAGCCCCCAAAGGAAGCACAGAUCACAGGAAAAGAUCCCGGUCCAAAUGCUUCAAUUGUUUAGUGAGUCGCAUUUUUCACUGCACUUACCUCAUCGCGACUGCCUUCAGCACCUCUCGCCCAAUAAUUAAGGCUGAAACGUAUGGAAAUUACUGGACGUAGCCAUGAUUAAAUAAGGCGAAUGAUUAUCCCGCCCUAAGGAAAGAAAGCACAUUAUGCUGUUUUCAAAGCCAUUUAGUGACUCUGAUAGGAAAAAAAAAAAAAAUCCAGCGAGAGUCAUGAUCCAGCAUAAUUAGCCCAGCUCGCUUUUCCUCCUUCGUGCUGCAGCCGCGCUCUUCCCAGGCGAACGUGUGAGAUCGCUGACCUGGACUUAACACGGCUAAAAGAUAGAGAUGACCACAAAACUCUACCACCACUUAAAGGCUUUCAUCUAUUCAAACUCUGAGUGAAGCAGGUUCUGACCUUCCUCCACUCUGAUGCCGGCCUGAGUCAGAUAGUCUGAAUUGCAGGUUUCGACUCCUCUGGCUUCAUCUCGGCUGUUUUAUUCCUAGUAAUUCUAAGGCUAGACUCCUAGAGUCCUUCGGCCCAAAAUGCCGGAGGAGGAAUGGAGGAGUGUCCACUUCUUGUGGUUGUUUUUUAACUGGUGUUUAGAUGUGUGCUCUUUCGCUGUUAGAUGUAUGGAUGUGAUGAGACGACCGUAACGAACGAGGGAGUCUUUUCUUCGUCCUUAGAGCGAGACUUUUCUUCAUAGACUAACGAAAACUGGUGUUUGUGGUAAACAUCUCUUAAAAAGUGUUCUGUACAUAGCUCUCCACAUUCCCCGUGUGUGGUGUUAAGCAGGCGACGAGUUGAGCAUGAAUUCCAAAGAUAAUUGGUAGAAACCGUUUACUGUUCUUGCUGAAAUGUUAGUGCCGGUUCAGAAACCUUCUCUUGAGAACAAAAGCAACGUUCACUGCACAAAACUCAUCUUCACCGUUCACCCCAAACUGAAGACAGCUGCCUUGAAAGUAUGUCUUUUGCAGGAGAGUUCAAAACUUGUUAUCCUUAAUUGUUGGUUAUAUUUAUAUAGGACUAAAAAUGCUUGUGAUGAUCUGUUUUUGUACAGUUUUAUGUACAUGCAAGUGAAGCUUUUUAAAUCUUACAACAAAAGCCGAUGGCAUAUAAAAAUCGUAAAGUGUUUAUUGAGAUGUGCACAUCUUGCCUUGGAUGGAUUGAUCUUUUUUGCCGAGUCAGUGUGAAUGUGGCCGUCGUAUGCCUGCACCGUAGUCAUUCACUGGCUCCUGUCACCGAGGGCUUUAUCAGAUUUUAUGUUUAUUGUGAACAGUGGAUUGUCCGAUCCGACUUGUUUGUUUGAUUCCCAUGUGUUUUGUUUUGUUCCGUUUCCGCAUGUUGAAAACAAACCCCUUGUAAUAAGUCCUUGGAAAGUUUGUAAUAAAAUGAGUGAAGACAAAAAAAAAAAUCAAAGAAAUGCAUUUGCUUGGUGAGUCAUUGUUUAAGAAUGAAUCUAGGGACUGUGAUCUCUCCAUAAAGCUUUUUCAUUAAUAAAGCAAAUUGAUCUGACAAAGAUAUAAGACUCGAUUUUUUUCUCUCUCUCCCAUUCUGGGUCUCUUUGCCAGUGUAAACAUAGAAAGAGAAAGAGGAAAAGGUUAUGGUUUCGCCAGACUGACAGGAACUUAAUAGAACAGAAUAGCAAAUGUGAGAUCUAGUAAUGUGAAGCUCUCACUUCACAAAAGCUGUCCAUCAAUAUUAAUGAUCAAAAAGCACAAGACCCCGAAUUUUCUCAGUCUCAGAAACAUAAUUAUCUUCUCUACAAGGAGUUAAACCGUUACACCCAAGACCUCCCAGUACUCGACAGCACAAUAAAGACGAAGCCAUAAAGAUGAUAACGCUGAGAUGAAAGACAAUAAAUCAAUCCGGCUUUCAUUUGGUGCGCUGUCUUUAUAGAUAUGCCACAACGUAAUUCGCGUACCUCUGAAAUGAUAGCUUUCACAGAUAAAAAUAAAUGGAUGUGAGCCAGCAAACAAACGCUGUGAAAAGCGAGAGCCAUAAACAAGUUAAAAAGAAUAUCAAACGUACAAGAUGGAAAGUGAGGUAAAUACUUGGAGCAAGUAUGUGAGUAAACAGGCGAAUGUGAGAAAUGCACAUUACGCUGUCAAGUGCAUGAAUAGAAAGUUUAGAAGGCCAAACUGCCCUCUAAUGGCCGCCAGGAGAACUACAACUCCCCAAAAAGGCAAAGGAUUAGCGUUAAUACCUGAUACUCAACAGUCAGGAUUAAUGAAUCAGAUAGCCUUCCUUUCUGCUGGUGUUCUUCAGUUUCUUGUUGACAUCACCUACAGCGUACAUGUUCCCGAGGACGGCGGAUGAAACGAGUGAAGCUGCAUGAAUAAUAAUUGAGAUCAGGAUGAUAGUAGUUUCUGGACCACAUAGUUUCUGAAGCACAUUUGGCAGACAGGGAUGCUCGUAGCGGCUUAUUUAACCGAGGCUGAGAUGGGAGGACCCACUGAGUUUUUUCCAUUAAUCUCCUUCUAAUGGAUAGGUUUUCACUUCGCCUCGCACUCUGCAGGCUGAGCUUUAAAAAGAGCCAUUUCGCUGGUGUUUUGUUUACGUGCGGCUAGGGCAUUUGUUUCUUGUUGCGGAGGGAGCCUCAGCAGAGAGGUUCUUUUCUUCAAGAUGAAACUACCCCCUUGGCUACUGCCUACUGUUGAUGUGCUGUUGCCAUAGAAACCUGGCCCCUCUCUCUUUCUGUUCCUCCCUCACCCACGCUCCUUCUCGCUCGCUUCGUUA